UGCUUCCGGUGGCGAUGGCUGCGGCCGUGGCUGGGAUGCUGCGAGGGUGUCUCCUGCCCCAGGCGGGCUGGCUGCCCACCAUCCAGACCAUCCGCCAUGGCUCCAAGGCUGUUACCCGCCACCGUCGUGUGAUGCACUUUGAGCGGCAGAAACUGAUGGCUCUGACUGAGUACAUCCCCCCCAAACCUGCUGUCAGCCCAAGUUGCCUUCCACCUCCUCCCAAGCCCCCCCAGGAGGAGACAGGCCUCAUCCGGCUCCUCCGGCGGGAGAUAGAAGCAAUUUUCCGGGACAACCGAAUGAUCGCCGUCUGCCAGAACGUGGCUCUGAGUGCAGAGGACAAGCUGCUUCUCCGGCACAGGCUGCGGAAACACAAGAUUUUGAUGAAGGUCUACCCCAACCAGGUCCUGAAGCCCUUCCUGGAGAACUCCAAGUACCAAAACCUGCUGCCCCUCUUUGUGGGGCACAACCUGCUGCUGGUCAGUGAGGAGCCCAAGGUCAAGGAGAUGGUGCGAAUCCUGAAGACUGUGCCCUUCCUGCCCCUGCUAGGUGGCUGCAUCGAUGACACCAUCCUCAGCAGGCAGGGUUUCAUCAACUACUCCAAGCUUCCGAGCCUGGCCCUGGCACAGGGGGAGCUGGUGGGCGGGCUCACCUGCCUCAUGGCCCAAACCCACUCCCUGCUUCAGAACCAGCCCCUCCGCCUGACCACCCUGUUGGAUCAGUACGUCAGACAGCAGCCUGAGGGGAACUCCACGCGGCCAGCCCAUGGGCAGCCAGACCUUCCCAACCCUGUUCCGGACUCAUAGCCAGCCUCUCGUGCCCAGCCUGCCCAUAAAUGCACUCUGCUCCGUGGCCUGUUGUCCUCCAUCACGAUAUGGAAGAACUGCGGGUGGGGAGUGGCAUCCAUUACCUGGCUUUCACCGCCUCAGAUUGCGCACACUUGGAGGUUCCAUUUCAGGAUGGAGAUUUUAAUCACUCUCUUUGUCCCUCGCCUUCCCAGCUUGGGACCUGAUAGGAGAAAAGUCUCUUUCAGCUAUCCAGGUCCAAGGCAGAGCAGCAGAACAGCGAGCGGAGGCCUUCUGUCUCCUCGUCCACUGUCCUUGCUGCCCGCCCUCCCCGCCCAUCCCCUCGUGAGUCUGCCCUGCCACAGAACCCACCCGAGUUAUCAUGUUAGGUGGCAUCUCCUAAGAACCUACCUCGACAUUCUCUGGCGUACACUUUUGUGUACCCCUUUAUUUCUCACCAUGUCACCCCCAUUUCAAGAGAGGCACCUAAGGGGUGGAGAAGUUAAAUAGCCGGCCCAAGGGCAUGCAGUUAGUAAGUGGCAGAAUAGGGGCUUGAACCAGGCUCUCUCUGCUCUGACGGCCAUGCCCUGGAUUGCUACACGGAGCUGCCUCAUUAGGGUCCCAGGUGUGCUUGGAUGUCCUCUGCCCUCGGGUGUGCCCUGUUGUGGGAAGGUUGGGCAUACAACUUUUGAUUAAAAAAUGCAAUUUACUUCCUCUGUUUUGAUGAAUU